AGCGUCUAUAUAACCAUGCCUUACGAGGGCCUUCCAUCACAGAUAAUCCCAGACCGCUGCUGGUGGAGAGAUAACCAACCCACGAAGACCUUUGGAUCUGGUUACUACGACCGCUGGGGAACUAAGAUCAUACAGAGGAACGUCAUGAGUAAAGUGAAUGUGGCUUGGGUCGGCGUGUGGGCGGUGGUGGCCCUGCUGUGCCUAGGUGUGGUGACUCCACCUACGACUAAGGCAGCGGCAGUGGCAGACCCUGAGCCUUGUUGUGGCCGCCUGGCUGCUGGAGCCCUGGGCUUUGCCGGGGGCUAUUUGAUCGGUCGUCAUCGGCGUCAUCGGUGUCAUAGGUGUGGCUGUGGUGGAUGUGGUGGUGGCUGUGGUGGAUGUGGUGGUGGCUGUGGUUGGUGUGGCGGUGGAUGGUAUGGUAGAAAGAGGAGGAGCCUGGACGAGAUGAUGGAACAAGAGAAACUGGAGGACCUGUACUGGAAGAUCACCUCUCAGGACAAUGACCAGUGUGGGCUGAGGCUGGUGUGUGAGUUGGCCCAGAAGGACCCCAACUAUUUGUCUGGAGACGAGACCGUCCUACUUCUACCCUACAGAGGUCGUGAUGAGAGCGACGAGACGACUUACUACGGCCGGUACGACAAGGCGGUGUGGCACGGCCAGAAAGGUAACCCCUGCCACAAGAUGUACCCGACGUGUGUUUUAGCCGCCCCAGAAAUCCUAGUGAACUUUAAGGCGAACUUCACAGACCCCUUCCAGUGAACUCUGAUGAUCUUUUAUUGUCACACCAUUACAAACGUCCUGCUGUCUACUACAUCACGGACCUCAAGCAUCGCCAAGUUGUAACCUUUCCUUACCAUUAUAAUAAAAGCCCCAAAUUUGGUAAAAUUAA